AUGUUUUUAGUAAACAAAACAAGCGGCUACAUAGUUUUGUCGAGUUCGAAGAAUUUGCAGAUUUCAGAAGAAACUGAUUAAAAGGACACACAUUUUCAAGCUCGACAAAUUUCUUUGGUCAAUCAAUCACAUCUAGCUAUUAUUGGAAACAAAAUAAUGAAGGCGGCAGCGGCUGCCAAAGAUCAAGAAAUGGAUCUCGUCCCAAAGGUUUUGAGUUCGAUAAACGAACAGGCUCCAAGUACUCCGAAGCAGGCUGAGCAGAGAGAUGGAAAUUGCUAUUGUGGAAAAGAUAGAAACUUGAACAUUGUGGAAUUGUUAUGUGCUUCUUGCAAUCGCUGGUACCACGAGUCGUGCAUUGGCUACCAGUUGGGAAAACUGGUUCCAUUCAUGAUGAAUUAUGUCUUCUUCUGUAAAAACUGCUCCCCAACCGGCCUCGAGAGUUUCAAGAAAAAUCAAGCCCCUUUUCCACACAUGUGUAUUACGGCGAUUGCAAAUUUGAUGCAGGCUGGAAUUAAAGAGGGCAUGCCACGUUCCAUGUUCUCGAAAGACAUGGACAUCAUUCCGUUCAUGGAGAGCCACUGGGAAGGCAUGACGACUAUGUCGAGAAGAGUCACUCAGUCCUGGCACGCAACUAUUCAGCGAACCUUGCUCAAGGACGUUGGCAUUAUUUUCACCCAUGAGGAGGCUCCACCCGCAGGAGGAAACCCUGCAACAUUGGGCCACCCUCUGUUCGGCCUGUUCUUCCAAGACCUGACCACCAUAAAGCCAAACUACGACGCCAUGGUGAAGAGUGGCGCUUUGAAAAUUAACAACACUGGCGUUCAGAAGAAUCCAAAGGGCAGAGGCACCAAGCGCAAAGUGGACACGGCAGGACCUGGCAAGAAAAGGGGAGGUGACGGCUCAAGCACCAAACUACCCUCACACGGAUACCCUUUGGACCACCCGUGGAACAAGGAUGGCUAUCGCUACAUAUUGGCCGAGCCAGACCCGCAUGCACCUUUUAGGCAGGAGUUUGACGAGAGCAGCGACUGGGCAGGAAAGCCUAUUCCAGGCUGGCUCUACAGGACUCUCAGUCCGUCCACAGUGUUGCUUGCUCUCCACGACAGGGCUCCAGUUCUGAGAAUCUCUGAAGAUCGUCAUAUUGUGACUGGCGAUAAAGGAUACUGCAUGGUUCGAGCAACUCAUUCAGUUUCCAAGGGAAGCUGGUACUAUGAGGUCAAAAUCACUGAUAUGCCAGAAGGCUCAGCUUGCAGAAUUGGGUGGGGCCAGGACUAUGCUAAUUUACAGGCUCCAUUGGGCUAUGAUAAAUUUGGUUACUCUUGGCGCUCUCGCAAGGGCACCUCCUUCCACGAAAGCCGCGGACUUCACUACGGAGAAGAGUUUGGCCUUGGGGAUGUUCUUGGCUGUCUGAUCAUCAUGCCCGAGACUGAGGAGGGAAACUGCUUGCCCAGAACUUACAAAGAUAGACCGUUGGUGAAGUUCAAGAGUCACCUGUAUUACGAGGACAAAGACAAAGUGCCAGAGGCAACAAAGGCUCUUAAACCCUUGCCAGGAAGUAAACUUGUCUUCUUCAAGAAUGGCGUUUGUCAAGGAGUAGCCUACAAAGAUAUUUACAAGGGUGCCUACUACCCAAGUCUCUCCUUAUUCAAGAACAUCGUUCUGCAGACCAACUUCGGACCCAACUUUAAGUAUCCUCCUGCAGACUUCAAGGACGGACAGAAGAAAAUCAAUAUUAAACCCAUGUUUGAUAAGGCUGAGGAUGCCAUCAUUGAGCAAACAACUGCCGACCUGCUGUAUCUCACUGAAAACCAGGGCAAGUUGCGCCUAGACACAUACUAUUUAUAGCUAGAGCAUAACUAAAUUCUAGGUGCCGCUAGAAUUUAGGACCAAUGUGAGGCAAAACUUUGUGGUGAAUUUUCCAUACCUAUAAACACUAAAAACACUUCAUAAAAUAUUUUGAGUGAAAAAUAAUUGUCGUUGCAAUAGAUCAGUCCGCUGUGGGAUGCAAUUAAAAUAAAAUUCCGGUUUAACAAGCUUUUUCUUUUUGAUAUAUUCUCUGAUUUCAAUCAACAUAUGAUUUUUAAAUUUUCAUAGACUGCGACAACAUUUAUAAAUCCAACUUCAAGUCUCAUUACAGAAAAUAUGGCACUAUAUUGGCAAUUUGAUUCAUUGUGUAACUUACAAAGUGAGUGUUGCUCUAGAUAAUCUCAAACUCAAAAAAAUUGGAGACUAGAAAUUACAGAUGGCAACACAUUAUUAAAAACAACCAUACACCAAGGAGGGGAAGAUUUGGUAUGUU